GAUGGGUUUCGACUCUGAGGGGACGGUCAGGAUGCCCCAGAUGUGGAUGCUGAGAUGGGUCUUCCUACUGGCCGGGCUGCAGUCCAUACAAGCAGGCUUUAUGGGAGAUUACAGAGAUAUGGAAAAUCCUAUGACUCCUAUGUGGCCAACAACACCAGCUAUCUCUAUGACAAGUGUGCCAGUAAUUACAGUUGAACCCAACCCCGAUCAUCGGUCCACGAUCUGCAGCACAUGGGGAAAUUUCCACUUCAAGACGUUCGAUGGUCAUUUCUUUCAACUGCCAGACACAUGCAACUAUGUUCUGGCGGUGAUGUGUGAUGCCGCAUCAUCCGAUUUUAACAUCCAGAUGCAAAGGGAGACUGUAAAUGGCUCGAUCUCAUUUAGCACAGUCUUAAUAAAGCUGGACGGGACAGUCAUCAAAGUCACCGACAGCGACAUCACUAUGGGUGAAGAAACGGUCACGGUUCCUACUUAUAAGAAUGGAAUUAAAAUUGAGGGAAGUCCAACCAGUUUCAAGAUCUCCAACAAACAUGGAGUGACUGUCUUUUGGGAGGAAGACAACUCUCUGUCGAUUGAACUUCCUGAGAAGUAUCAAGGCCAGACCUGUGGACUCUGUGGAGACUUUAAUGGCAACUUGGCUGAUGAUAUCACUGAUAAUGGUCCGGCUACAUGGAAGGUGUCCAUAUCAACUGAAAUCUGUGAGGAGGUCACUCUUCCAUCUACUGGUCCGUGUGACGAGCUAUCAGAGCAGGCAAGCUUUUGCGAGGAGUACCUCAUCAGUCCAGGGUUUAGUGGCUGUUAUGAUGUGAUGGACAUGAGAAUAUUUCAGAAAGCCUGUGUGAGCGACCUGUGUCAAUGUUAUGGCAACCAUGACUGUCUGUGCAACACACUAACAGAGAUCUCACGACAAUGCACACAUGCUGGAGGACAACCAGGAACAUGGAGAACAGAACAGCUCUGUCCAAAGACGUGUCCCCUAAACCUGCAGUACCUGGAGUGUGGCGGUCCAUGCAGGAACACCUGCUCAGCCCCAACUGCAAAUCUAAUGUGUACCGAUCACUGUGUGGACGGCUGCUUCUGCCCUGAAGGCACCGUUGAAGAUGACAUUGGUCAGAGUGGUUGUGUUCCUGUAAACGAGUGUCCAUGUGUGCAUGAUGGCACAGUAUAUAAAUCAGGAGAGUCUUACCAACAAGCUUGCAAAUCAUGUACAUGUGAUGCUGGACACUGGACCUGCACAUACCUGGACUGUCCCGGCACAUGCUCUGUUGUUGGAGGUUCUCAUGUCACCACUUUUGAUGGAAAGAGCUUCACCUUCAGCGGGAACUGCGACUACAUCCUCACUAAGCACUCUGCAGACAGUGACUUUGCCGUUGUGGGAAAUCUGGCAAAGUGUGAAGCAUCCCGAACAGACACCUGCUUACACUCAGUUACCCUUGUCAUCUCUGGGACCACUAUUAGUUUUUCCUCCAGUGGAGAUGUGACAUUAAAUAACAUCAAUUCAAAAGAGCUUCCUUUCAGCAUUGGUCCUGUGAGUAUCUUCCAGCCCUCUUCAUCCUUCAUUAUUGUUGAUUUGACGAGCGUUCGUCUGGAGAUUCAGCUGGCUCCAGUCAUGCAGUUGUACAUUGUAGCCAGCACUGAAGAGAAAGGAAAAAUGACUGGUCUUUGUGGGAACUAUAAUGAUGUCCAAACAGAUGAUUUUAAAACUGAAUCAGGCAUUAUCGAGGGCACCCCAACAUCCUUUGUCAACUUUUGGAAACAAAACUGUCCAGAUCUUGAAAUCACAUUUGACAACCCAUGCAGCUUGAACAUGGACACAGAGAAACUUGCCAAAGACUGGUGCUCCCGCCUUACAAAUCCAAAUGGCACCUUUUCCGAGUGUCACUCAGAAAUAUGUCCUGAGAUGUACUACCAAAGGUGCGUCUAUGACACCUGCAAGUGUUCAGACAUUAGGAAGUGCAUCUGUGCAGCCGUGUCCACCUAUGCCCACGCAUGUGCCGCCAGAGGAAUCAUUCUCCACGACUGGAUGGAUACAGAGCCUUGUGAAUCUGAGUGUCCGGAAAACAUGAAACACUCCUAUGAAGUGACCAGCUGUGGCAGCACCUGCCGUUCUCUCAGUGGACAAGAAAACACCUGCCAAGGGUCCUUCACACCUGUACAUGGCUGUGUUUGUUCUGAGGGAACCUACCUUAAUGAGGAAGGCAAAUGUGUACAUGCUGGAAUGUGUCCUUGUUAUUAUGGCAACCAGGUCAUACAGCCAUCCGCAGAGUUCAACAAGGAAGGUGCUAAAUGCACCUGUAACAAUGGCAAACUGGAUUGCUCCAGUCAUGAAGACUGCGUGGCUCCAAUGACAUUCUUUAAAUGCUCACAUCCUGGAGAGAAAGGCACAGAAUGUCAGAGGACAUGCGACAAACAAGACCCAAACAAUUGCGUGAGCACAGGGUGUGUAUCAGGGUGUAUGUGUCCUGAGGGCCUUUUGGCUGAUGGAAAAGGUGGAUGUGUGAUGAGGGAAAAUUGUCCAUGCACCCAUAACGGUGUGACAAGUUCACCUGGGGAUCAAGUUCAACAGGACUGUAACACCUGCACAUGCACAAACGGUAUGUGGAUUUGUACACAGAAGGCAUGUUACGGCACCUGUACCAUCUACGGUGAAGGUCAUUUCAGGACUUUUGAUGGCAACAGAUACUCCUUCCAUGGAGACUGUGAACACACCUUAGCCCACGAUUAUUGUGAUGGAAACCCCAGUCCCUCUUUCCGCCUUGUCACCGAAAACAUCCCCUGUGCAACAGCCAACUCCAUUUGCUCCAAGUCUAUUAAUCUUUUCUUCGGGAGAUAUGAGAUGAUUUUAUCAGAGGAUGAUGGCGUGAAAGUUGUUGAAGGCAACGGCACAGAAUACAAAUAUCAAAUCAAUUAUGGAGGCAUAUAUGUGGUCAUAGAGAUCGAAGGUCUUCUGAACCUAAUCUGGGAUGAGAAAACAAGUGUGAUGAUCCAGCUCCAUCCCAAAUUAAAGGGCAAUGUGUGUGGACUGUGUGGAAACUUUGAUGGCAAUGCAAACAAUGACUUCAUGAAGCACAAUGGAGAAGUGGUGACAGAUCCAGAGGAGUUUGGCAAUAGCUGGAAGGUGGAUUCAAAUUGUCCUGAUGUGACAAAUGUGAUGCAUCCUUGUGAAGCACAUCCACAUAGGAAUUCCUGGGCUAUCAAGCAAUGCAGAAUCAUCACAAGCCCUGUCUUUACAGAUUGUCAUUCACUUGUGGACUCUGGCCCAUAUUAUGAUGCCUGUGUUCGGGACACCUGUGCAUGUGACAGCGGGGGUGACUGCGAUUGUCUCUGUACUGCAGUGGGGGCUUACGCUGCUGAAUGCCGUAAGAGAGGAGCUUGUGUAGCAUGGCGAACACCACACUUUUGCCCUUUAUUUUGUGACUACUACAAUGCUCCAGGAGAAUGUCAGUGGCACUAUAAAACCUGUGGAUCAACCUGCAUGAAAACCUGUAGAAACCCCUUAGGAACCUGCUCUGAUCAAAUUCCUCCCCUUGAGGGUUGUUUUCUUCAGUGCCCUUCUGAGAGACCGUAUCUCCGGGAGGAGACCAUGAAGUGUGUCACAGAGGAAGGAUGCAAAGACUGUUUCUAUGAUGGGAAGGUAUAUCCACGCGGAUCCGUCAUUUACAACACCACAGAUGGGAGUGGUGCAUGUUUUUCUGCUAAAUGUGAUUACAAUGGAGAAAUAAUCCGAGAGAUAAAAACUGAUUGUAUAAUCACAACAACACCUUUCACAUUUUCAACACCACCAUCUACAACAGUUACUAUAACAUCAACGGAAACACCAUCCACAAUCACAUCCACUAUUACACCAACUACUGGAACUUCAACACCAACUUCUACAGAAACACCAAUCACAACAACAUCCAUUACUUCACCAACGACUGAAACAUCUACAUCAACUUCUACAGAAACACCACCCACACCAGCAUCCACUACUUCACCAACUACUGAAACAUCAACAUCUACUUCAACAGAGACACCAUCCACAAUCACAUCCACUGUUACACCAACUACUGAAACAUCAACACCUACAUCAACAGAAACAGUACCUACACCUAGUACAACUACUGCUACAACAACACCUACCAGUACAACAACUCCAAUCUGUGUCCCUAGAUGUGAAUGGUCAGAUUGGAUUGAUAGCAACAAACCCAAUACAGAGCCAGAAGGAUUUGAGACUGAGUCCAUCCCCUUAUUAUGGAACUCAAGGAGGAUAACUUGUCAGAGUCCUGAAGAGGUUGAAUGUAGAGCAGUGAAUUAUCCCCAAAAGACGCUGGAAGACUUGGGACAAACAGUUUAUUGCAAUACAUCAUUUGGACUGUCAUGUUCUAAUGAAGACAAUGCAGAGGGCUUGCCACCAAUUUGUUAUAAUUAUGAAAUACGUGUAUACUGUUGUAAAGAAAACUGCCCUUCAGAUACAACCACAAGUACACCAUCUACAUCAACAGAAACACCAUCCACAACUACAUCCACUACUUCACCAACUACUGAAACAUCAACCCCUACUUCAACAGAAACACCAUCCACAAUCACAUCUACUGUUACACCAACUACUGGAACUUCAACACCAACUUCUACAGAAACACCACCCACACCAGCAUCCACUACUUCACCAACUACUGAAACAUCAACACCUACUUCAACAGAGACACCAUCCACAACAGCAUCCACUACUUCACCAACAACUGAAACAUCAACGCCUACUUCAACAGAGACACCAUCCACAAUCACAUCCACUGUUACACCAACUACUGAAACAUCAACACCUACAUCAACAGAAACAGUACCUACACCUAGUACAACUACUGCUACAACACCUACCAGUACAACAACUCCAAUCUGUGUCCCUAGAUGUGAAUGGUCAGAUUGGAUUGAUAGCAACAAACCCAAUACAGAGCCAGAAGGAUUUGAGACUGAAUCCAUCCCCUUAUUAUGGAACUCAAAGAGGAUAACUUGUCAGAGUCCUGAAGAGGUUGAAUGUAGAGCAGUGAAUUAUCCCCAAAAGACGCUGGAAGACUUGGGACAAACAGUUUAUUGCAAUACAUCAUUUGGAUUGUCAUGUUCUAAUGAAGACAAUGCAGAGGGCUUGCCACCAAUUUGCUAUAAUUAUGAAAUACGUGUAUACUGUUGUAAAGAAAACUGCCCUUCAGAUACAACCACAAGUACACCAUCUACAUCAACAGAAACACCAUCCACUACUUCACCAACUACUGAAACAUUAACCCCUACUUCAACAGAAACACCAUCCACAAUCACAUCCACUGUUACACCAACUACUGGAACAUUGACACCAACUUCUACAGAAACACCAUCCACAACUGCAUCCACUACUUCACCAACUACUGAAACAUCAACGCCUACUUCAACAGAGACACCAUCCACAACUGCAUCCACUACUUCACCAACUACUGAAACAUCAACGCCUACUUCAACAGAGACACCAUCCACAACAGCAUCCACUACUUCACCAACGACUGAAACAUUAACGCCUACUUCAACAGAGACACCAUCCACAAUCACAUCCACUGUUACACCAACUACUGAAACAUCAACACCUACAUCAACAGAAACAGUACCUACACCUAGUACAACUACUGCUACAACAACACCUACCAGUACAACAACUCCAAUCUGUGUCCCUAGAUGUGAAUGGUCAGAUUGGAUUGAUAGCAACAAACCCAAUACAGAGCCAGAAGGAUUUGAGACUGAAUCCAUCCCCUUAUUAUGGAACUCAAGGAGGAUAACUUGUCAGAGUCCUGAAGAGGUUGAAUGUAGAGCAGUGAAUUAUCCCCAAAAGACGCUGGAAGACUUGGGACAAACAGUUUAUUGCAAUACAUCAUUUGGAUUGUCAUGUUCUAAUGAAGACAAUGCAGAGGGCUUGCCACCAAUUUGUUAUAAUUAUGAAAUACGUGUAUACUGUUGUAAAGAAAACUGCCCUUCAGAUACAACCCCAAGUACACCAUCUACAUCAACAGAAACACCAUCCACAACUACAUCUACUACUUCACCAACUACUGAAACAUCAACGCCUACUUCAACAGAGACACCAUCCACAAUCACAUUCACUAUUACACCAACUACUGGAACUUCAACACCAACUUCUACAGAAACACCACCCACACCAGCAUCCACUACUUCACCAACUACUGAAACAUCAACGCCUACCUCAACAGAGACACCAUCCACAACAGCAUCCACUACUUCACCAACGACUGAAACAUCAACGCCUACUUCAACAGAGACACCAUCCACAAUCACAUCCACUGUUACACCAACUACUGAAACAUCAACACCUACAUCAACAGAAACAGUACCUACACCUAGUACAACUACUGCUACAACAACACCUACCAGUACAACAACUCCAAUCUGUGUCCCUAGAUGUGAAUGGUCAGAUUGGAUUGAUAGCAACAAACCCAAUACAGAGCCAGAAGGAUUUGAGACUGAGUCCAUCCCAUUAUUAUGGAACUCAAGGAGGAUAACUUGUCAGAGUCCUGAAGAGGUUGAAUGUAGAGCAGUGAAUUAUCCCCAAAAGACGCUGGAAGACUUGGGACAAACAGUUUAUUGCAAUACAUCAUUUGGACUGUCAUGUUCUAAUGAAGACAAUGCAGAGGGCUUGCCACCAAUUUGUUAUAAUUAUGAAAUACGUGUAUACUGUUGUAAAGAAAACUGCCCUUCAGAUACAACCCCAAGUACACCAUCUACAUCAACAGAAACACCAUCCACAACUACAUCCACUACUUCACCAACUACUGAAACAUCAACGCCUACUUCAACAGAGACACCAUCCACAAUCACAUUCACUAUUACACCAACUACUGGAACUUCAACACCAACUUCUACAGAAACACCACCCACACCAGCAUCCACUACUUCACCAACUACUGAAACAUCAACGCCUACUUCAACAGAGACACCAUCCACAAUCACAUCCACUGUUACAGCUACUUCAGAAACAUUGACACCUACAUCAACAGAAACAGUACCUACACCUAGUACAACUACUGCGACAACAGCAACACCUACCAGUACAACAACUCCAAUCUGUGUCCCUAGAUGUGAAUGGUCAGAUUGGAUUGAUAGCAACAAACCCAAUACAGAGCCAGAAGGAUUUGAGACUGAAUCCAUCCCCUUAUUAUGGAACACAAAGAGGAUAACUUGUCAGAGUCCUGAAGAGGUUGAAUGUAGAGCAGUGAAUUAUCCCCAAAAGACGCUGGAAGACUUGGGACAAACAGUUUAUUGCAAUACAUCAUUUGGACUGUCAUGUUCUAAUGAAGACAAUGCAGAGGGCUUGCCACCAAUUUGCUAUAAUUAUGAAAUACGUGUAUACUGUUGUAAAGACAACUGCCCUUCAGAUACAACCACAAGUACACCAUCUACAUCAACAGAAACACCAUCCACAACUGCAUCCACUACUUCACCAACUACUGAAACAUCAACCCCUACUUCAACAGAAACACCAUCCACAAUCACAUCUACUGUUACACCAACUACUGGAACAUCGACACCAACUUCUACAGAAACACCAAUCACAACAACAUCCAUUACUUCACCAACGACUGAAACAUCGACACCCACUUCUACAGAAACACCAUCCACAACAGCAUCCACUACUUCACCAACUACUGAAACAUCAACGCCUACUUCAACAGAGACACCAUCCACAAUCACAUCCACUGUUACACCAACUACUGAAACAUUAACACCUACAUCAACAGAAACAGUACCUACACCUAGUACAACUACUGCUACAACAACACCUACCAGUACAACAACUCCAAUCUGUGUCCCUAGAUGUGAAUGGUCAGAUUGGAUUGAUAGCAACAAACCCAAUACAGAGCCAGAAGGAUUUGAGACUGAAUCCAUCCCCUUAUUAUGGAACUCAAAGAGGAUAACUUGUCAGAGUCCUGAAGAGGUUGAAUGUAGAGCAGUGAAUUAUCCCCAAAAGACGCUGGAAGACUUGGGACAAACAGUUUAUUGCAAUACAUCAUUUGGACUGUCAUGUUCUAAUGAAGACAAUGCAGAGGGCUUGCCACCAAUUUGUUAUAAUUAUGAAAUACGUGUAUACUGUUGUAAAGACAACUGCCCUUCAGAUACAACCACAAGUACACCAUCUACAUCAACAGAAACACCAUCCACAACUGCAUCCACUACUUCACCAACUACUGAAACAUCAACCCCUACUUCAACAGAAACACCAUCCACAAUCACAUCCACUGUUACACCAACUACUGGAACAUUGACACCAACUUCUACAGAAACACCAUCCACAAUCACAUCCACUGUUACACCAACUACUGAAACAUCAACACCUACAUCAACAGAAACAGUACCUACACCUAGUACAACUACUGCUACAACAACACCUACCAGUACAACAACUCCAAUCUGUGUCCCUAGAUGUGAAUGGUCAGAUUGGAUUGAUAGCAACAAACCCAAUACAGAGCCAGAAGGAUUUGAGACUGAGUCCAUCCCCUUAUUAUGGAACUCAAGGAGGAUAACUUGUCAGAGUCCUGAAGAGGUUGAAUGUAGAGCAGUGAAUUAUCCCCAAAAGACGCUGGAAGACUUGGGACAAACAGUUUAUUGCAAUACAUCAUUUGGACUGUCAUGUUCUAAUGAAGACAAUGCAGAGGGCUUGCCACCAAUUUGUUAUAAUUAUGAAAUACGUGUAUACUGUUGUAAAGAAAACUGCCCUUCAGAUACAACCACAAGUACACCAUCUACAUCAACAGAAACACCAUCCACAACUACAUCCACUACUUCACCAACUACUGAAACAUCAACCCCUACUUCAACAGAAACACCAUCCACAAUCACAUCUACUGUUACACCAACUACUGGAACUUCAACACCAACUUCUACAGAAACACCACCCACACCAGCAUCCACUACUUCACCAACUACUGAAACAUCUACAUCAACUUCUACAGAAACACCACCCACACCAGCAUCCACUACUUCACCAACUACUGAAACAUCAACAUCUACUUCAACAGAGACACCAUCCACAAUCACAUCCACUGUUACACCAACUACUGAAACAUCAACACCUACAUCAACAGAAACAGUACCUACACCUAGUACAACUACUGCUACAACAACACCUACCAGUACAACAACUCCAAUCUGUGUCCCUAGAUGUGAAUGGUCAGAUUGGAUUGAUAGCAACAAACCCAAUACAGAGCCAGAAGGAUUUGAGACUGAGUCCAUCCCCUUAUUAUGGAACUCAAGGAGGAUAACUUGUCAGAGUCCUGAAGAGGUUGAAUGUAGAGCAGUGAAUUAUCCCCAAAAGACGCUGGAAGACUUGGGACAAACAGUUUAUUGCAAUACAUCAUUUGGACUGUCAUGUUCUAAUGAAGACAAUGCAGAGGGCUUGCCACCAAUUUGUUAUAAUUAUGAAAUACGUGUAUACUGUUGUAAAGAAAACUGCCCUUCAGAUACAACCACAAGUACACCAUCUACAUCAACAGAAACACCAUCCACAACUACAUCCACUACUUCACCAACUACUGAAACAUCAACCCCUACUUCAACAGAAACACCAUCCACAAUCACAUCUACUGUUACACCAACUACUGGAACUUCAACACCAACUUCUACAGAAACACCACCCACACCAGCAUCCACUACUUCACCAACUACUGAAACAUCUACAUCAACUUCUACAGAAACACCACCCACACCAGCAUCCACUACUUCACCAACUACUGAAACAUCAACAUCUACUUCAACAGAGACACCAUCCACAAUCACAUCCACUGUUACACCAACUACUGAAACAUCAACACCUACAUCAACAGAAACAGUACCUACACCUAGUACAACUACUGCUACAACAACACCUACCAGUACAACAACUCCAAUCUGUGUCCCUAGAUGUGAAUGGUCAGAUUGGAUUGAUAGCAACAAACCCAAUACAGAGCCAGAAGGAUUUGAGACUGAGUCCAUCCCCUUAUUAUGGAACUCAAGGAGGAUAACUUGUCAGAGUCCUGAAGAGGUUGAAUGUAGAGCAGUGAAUUAUCCCCAAAAGACGCUGGAAGACUUGGGACAAACAGUUUAUUGCAAUACAUCAUUUGGACUGUCAUGUUCUAAUGAAGACAAUGCAGAGGGCUUGCCACCAAUUUGUUAUAAUUAUGAAAUACGUGUAUACUGUUGUAAAGAAAACUGCCCUUCAGAUACAACCACAAGUACACCAUCUACAUCAACAGAAACACCAUCCACAACUACAUCCACUACUUCACCAACUACUGAAACAUCAACCCCUACUUCAACAGAAACACCAUCCACAAUCACAUCUACUGUUACACCAACUACUGGAACUUCAACACCAACUUCUACAGAAACACCAAUCACAACAACAUCCAUUACUUCACCAACGACUGAAACAUCGACACCCACUUCUACAGAAACACCAUCCACAACAGCAUCCACUACUUCACCAACUACUGAAACAUCAACGCCUACUUCAACAGAGACACCAUCCACAAUCACAUCCACUGUUACACCAACUACUGAAACAUUAACACCUACAUCAACAGAAACAGUACCUACACCUAGUACAACUACUGCUACAACAACACCUACCAGUACAACAACUCCAAUCUGUGUCCCUAGAUGUGAAUGGUCAGAUUGGAUUGAUAGCAACAAACCCAAUACAGAGCCAGAAGGAUUUGAGACUGAAUCCAUCCCCUUAUUAUGGAACUCAAAGAGGAUAACUUGUCAGAGUCCUGAAGAGGUUGAAUGUAGAGCAGUGAAUUAUCCCCAAAAGACGCUGGAAGACUUGGGACAAACAGUUUAUUGCAAUACAUCAUUUGGACUGUCAUGUUCUAAUGAAGACAAUGCAGAGGGCUUGCCACCAAUUUGUUAUAAUUAUGAAAUACGUGUAUACUGUUGUAAAGAAAACUGCCCUUCAGAUACAACCACAAGUACACCAUCUACAUCAACAGAAACACCAUCCACAACUACAUCCACUACUUCACCAACUACUGAAACAUCGACACCUACUUCAACAGAAACACCAUCCACAAUCACAUCUACUGUUACACCAACUACUGGAACAUCGACACCAACUUCUACAGAAACACCAAUCACAACAACAUCCAUUACUUCACCAACGACUGAAACAUCGACACCCACUUCUACAGAAACACCAUCCACAACAGCAUCCACUACUUCACCAACUACUGAAACAGCAACGCCUACUUCAACAGAGACACCAUCCACAAUCACAUCCACCGUUACACCAACUACUGAAACAUCAACACCUACAUCAACAGAAACAGUACCUACACCUAGUACAACUACUGCUACAACAACACCUACCAGUACAACAACUCCAAUCUGUGUCCCUAAAUGUGAAUGGUCAGAUUGGAUUGAUAGCAACAAACCCAAUACAGAGCCAGAAGGAUUUGAGACUGAAUCCAUCCCCUUAUUAUGGAACUCAAAGAGGAUAACUUGUCAGAGUCCUGAAGAGGUUGAAUGUAGAGCAGUGAAUUAUCCCCAAAAGACGCUGGAAGACUUGGGACAAACAGUUUAUUGCAAUACAUCAUUUGGACUGUCAUGUUCUAAUGAAGACAAUGCAGAGGGCUUGCCACCAAUUUGUUAUAAUUAUGAAAUACGUGUAUACUGUUGUAAAUACAACUGCCCUUCAGAUACAACCACAAGUACACCAUAUACAUCAACAGAAACACCAUCCACAACUGCAUCCACUACUUCACCAACUACUGAAACAUCAACCCCUACUUCAACAGAAACACCAUCCACAAUCACAUCCACUGUUACACCAACUACUGGAACACUGACACCAACUUCUACAGAAACACCAUCCACAACUGCAUCCACUACUUCACCUACUAUUGAAACAUCAACCCCUACUUCAACAGAAACACCAUCCACAAUCACAUCAACUGUUACACCAACUACUGGAACGUCGACACCAACUUCUACAGAAACACCAAUCACAACAACAUCCAUUACUUCACCAACUACUGAAACAUCGACACCAACUUCUACAGAAACACCAUCCACAACUGCAUCCACUACUUCACCAACUACUGAAACACCAACGCCUACUUCAACAGAGACACCAUCCACAAUCACAUCCACUAUUACACCAACUACUGGAACUUCAACACCAACUUCUACAGAAACACCAAUCACAACAACAUCCAUUACUUCACCAACGACUGAAACAUCGACACCAACUUCUACAGAAACACCAUCCACAACAGCAUCCACUACUUCACCAACUACUGAAACAGCAACGCCUACUUCAACAGAGACACCAUCCACAAUCACAUCUACUGUUACACCUACUACUGGAACACUGACACCAACUUCUACAGAAACACCAUCCACAACUGCAUCCACUACUUCACCUACUACUGAAACAUUAACCCCUACUUCAACAGAAACACCAUCCACAAUCACAUCAACUGUUACACCAACUACUGGAACGUCGACACCAACUUCUACAGAAACACCAAUCACAACAACAUCCAUUACUUCACCAACUACUGAAACAUCGACACCAACUUCUACAGAAACACCAUCCACAACUGCAUCCACUACUUCACCAACUACUGAAACAUCAACGCCUACUUCAACAGAGACACCAUCCACAAUCACAUCCACUAUUACACCAACUACUGGAACUUCAACACCAACUUCUACAGAAACACCAUCCACAACUGCAUCCACUACUUCACCAACGACUGAAACAUCGACACCUACAUCAACAGAAACACCAUCCACAACAGCAUCCACUACUUCACCAACGACUGAAAUAUCGACACCUACAUCAACAGAAACACCAUCCCUAGGCACAUCCACUGUUACACCAACUACUGGAACUUCGGCACCAACUUCUACAGAAACACCAUCCACAACAACAUCCAUUACUUCACCAACGACUGAAACAUCAACACCAACUUCUACAGAAACACCAUCCACAAUCACAUCCACUGUUACACCAACUACUGAAACAUCAACACCUACUUCAACAGAAACUACAUCUACAACAAUUCCAGUAACAACUAUACCAACAGAAACUCCAUCUACAGUUGUUACAGUAACAACUUUAUCAACAGAAACCCCAUCUACAACAGUUUCAGUAACAACUAUACCAACAGAAACUCCAUCUACAAUUGUUACAGUAACAACUAUAUCAACAGAAACUCCAUCUACAACUGUUACAGUGACACCUAUAUCAACAAAAUCUCCAUCUACAAUUGUUACAGCAACACCCAAAUCAACAAAAACACCAUCUAUAACUAUUGGAUCUACAACAACUAUGUCAACAGAAAAACCAUCUACAUCUAGCAAAUCUACAACAACAUCCACAUCAACAAAGCCUGUUACUACUACAACAAAGUUCACUGUGCAUACAGGUCCAGUUCGCACCACUCCAAAUCCAGAACAACCAUCAACUCAAUGUAACUGCACAUAUUUAAAUGCAAUAUUCUUACCAGGGUCAUCAAUAUACAAUAAAACAGAUAAAGCAGGUUGGUGCUUUUCCGCUCACUGCAACUCCUCGUGCAGUAUUAUCAUACAGGCUGAGCCAUGUGCAACAACAACACCACCAACAACAACACCAACAACGACACCAACAACGACGACAUCCAAACCGAACAAAAAUGAUUGCACACAGGUCCAAAGAAAGAAUAUGGAGUCCUGGAUUGAAAACUGCAAAAACUACACGUGUAAAAAUGGCAAGGUAACCUCAGUGCCUCUACAGUGUGACAAAUCUGACAAGGUCAUGCCUACAUGUACCAAUGGAAUUAAAGCUAAGAAGGUGUCUUAUAACAAUGGCUGCUGCUCUAGAUAUGAAUGCGAAUGUAAAUGCAGUGGUUGGGGUGACCCACAUUACCAAAUGUUUGAUGGAACAUACUAUGACUUCCAAGGAAAUUGCACUUACGUCUUGUUCAAAGAAAUCGUCCCAAGAUAUAACAUCAGUGCCUAUGUUAAAAACUACUUAUGUGAUCUUCAAAAUAAUCUUGCCUGCCCAGAGUAUGUGAUUGUGAACUACAAAUCAUAUAGCAUUAAGCUGACAAGCAACACCAAAGAGAUUGAGGUCUAUGUUAAUGAUGAUUUGAAACAACUAACUUACGUCAAUAACAACUUCUUCAUCACCACCUCUGGCAUUGGAGUCAUUUUGAACAUCACUGAAAUCAAUGUCGAGAUUACUGUGAAUCAUCAAGGCUUUGUGAUCAAUCUCCCAUUCUCCUACUUCAGUGGUAAUACAGAGGGGCAGUGUGGGGUCUGCGACAACAAUCGUACAAAUGACUGCAGACGCCCUGAUGGACAAAUCGACAAAUCGUGUGAGAACAUGGCACAGCUUUGGAUGGUUCCCCCAGGAUGCCAGCCUCCUAAACCUAUACCCAAGCCUACACCUCCUCCAGUUAUCUGCAACCCCAGUAUUUGUGAAUACAUCAAGGGCGACAUGUUUAAGGAGUGCCAUGAUCAUAUUCCUUACGAAAGUUAUUAUGAGUCAUGCAAAUUUGAUGUGUGCCGCAUGGGAAAUCGUUCAAUUGGUUGCACCAGUCUUGAGGCGUAUGCUGCAUUAUGUGGAAAAGAAGGCAUCUGUGUGGAUUGGAGAACCUCCGAUGACCUUAAACAAACCUGUGCACACAAAUGCCCCAGUCACAAAGUAUACAAUGCAUGUGGACCUAAAGUGGAAAAAACCUGCAGUACCAGGUACAACGACUUGUUUGUGGAGAAAGACUGUCAAGGCGAAAGCUGUCAUCAAACAUACAUGGAAGGUUGUUUCUGUCCCGAUAACACGUAUCUAGUUAGUUCAACGACAGAUUACUGUACGGCUUACUGCGACUGCAUCGGCCCUGAUGGAUUACCUCGAGAGCCUGGAGACACCUGGACCAUGGACUGUUACAAAUACACCUGCUCCAAUGAGACUUUUGGGAUCACCAAGGAAUUUGUUGGGUGUCCGACUAUAGUGCCCUGUGGACCCGAGCAAAAAUUAAUUAUUGACAACUGCUGUCCAACCUGCGUGUGUAAUCUCGAGGUCUGUAUCCACAAGAAAUGUGAUGUGGGAUUCGAGUUAGCUGAACAUGCAAAUGAAGGCAGUUGCUGUCCACCCUGUGUGCCCAAAGACGUCUGUGUGUACAAUAACACUGAGUACCAGCCUGGAUCCACAAUCUACCCAGACCCUUGUGUCGAAUGUAACUGUGACAUGGAGAAAGACCCAGAGACACAACUACACACCGUCUCCUGUGUUUCUAAAAUCUGUGAACCUUGCUCUGAGGGCUUUGAGCUCGUGGAACAAAAAGGCGAGUGUUGUGGAACAUGCAAGCCAAAUGCCUGUAUUUAUGUGUCAGAUAACAUCACACAUAUUCUCAGUGAGGGAGAGAGUUACAAUUAUAAAUGUGAAAGUGUGACUUGUCAGCAAGUCAAUGGGACGUACAUAAUAGAGAGGACCAUACCAACCUGUCCCGAAAUCAAUCCAGAUCAAUGUGUGCCUGGAACACUGGGACUCGAUGAAGAUGGAUGCUGCAACACCUGUGAACUCAAGAACUGUGUUCGUGUGAAGAACAUGACAGAUGUCACAGUGAAUGACUGCAAGUCCAUCAACCCCAUUGAAGUCACAUCCUGCAGUGGAAACUGCGACACAGAAUCAAUGUAUUCAAUGGGCGCAAACACCAUGAUGCACAGCUGUUCCUGCUGUAAGGAGACGAAAACCAGCGUUAAAAAGGUGACGCUGAAGUGUGCGGACGGCAGUGAAAUCCCUCAUGACUACGUCUACAUAGAGAGCUGCAGAUGCACUCCUAUUACGUGCGAAAACCAGAAAACCAGUGGAUAAAUGAUCCUGUUGACAUCGGUUUAAUGGCUACAAUUCCAGAUAUUACUGGAAAAAUAUGUAUCUUUAGUGAACGACUGUACCAUUCAGCUCUUUGUUCUAUAACUACUGUCACUGGGGGAAUUUUCCGGAUAUUUUGAAUUGUUUUGUUAGUUCUUAAGCGACGCAAAACAAAGCUCUUCCCUAUUUUCUUCUUGUGUAUGGAUGAAUGAUGACUCUAAUAAAGCAAAAUAAAUAGCAACAAAAA